CGGCACUUCCGGUGGCGGCCGCUGGAGCGGUUCGGUGUUCAUGGCCAGGUCCUCGAAGCUGGUGUGGGCUUCCUUUCAGCGUCAAAGGUUCCACACCGGUGGGAGUUGCUUCAAGGGCCGGACGGGCGCUGAGCACCUGUGGCUGAUGCGGCAUUUGAGGGACCCGUUUGUGAAGGCUGCGAAGGUGGAGAGUUACAGGUGUCGAAGUGCCUUCAAGCUCCUGGAGGUGAACGAGAGGCACCGGAUUCUGCGGCCUGGCCUCCGGGUGUUAGACUGCGGCGCCGCUCCUGGCGCGUGGAGCCAGGUGGCUGUGCAGAGUGUCAACGCUGCAGGCACAGAUCCCAGUGCUCCUGUUGGCUCUGUGCUUGGGGUAGAUCUCCUUCACGUGUCCCCCCUGGAAGGAGCAACUUUUCUGUGCCCUGCCGAUGUGACGGACCCAAGAACCUUGCAGAGAAUCCGAGAACUGCUUCCUGCUGGGAGAGCAGAUGUGAUUCUGAGUGACAUGGCACCCAACGCCACGGGGAUCCGGGGCCUCGACCACGACAGGCUCAUCAGCCUGUGCUUGUCCCUUCUGGACAUGGCUCCAGAAGUCCUGCACCCUGGGGGAACAUUGCUGUGUAAAACCUGGGCUGGAAGUCAAAGCCAUCGGUUACAGAAGAGACUGACAGAGGAAUUCCAGAAAACAAGGACUGUAAAACCUGAAGCCAGCAGGAAGGAAUCAUCAGAGGUGUACCUCUUGGCCACACAGUACCGAAGAGGGAAGGGGGAAGGUCUGUGAAGGAAUGAGAGUUUCUUCUGCUGUUUCUGGUUCUUUUUCACUGCAAAUGUAGCUUGAGCCCUUUCCUGAAGUGUGGCUGGGGAGAUCCGAGCUUGAUCUCGGAUGCAGCGGGCAGGACAAAUGGGGGACCUUUUUUUAAGCCCAAAAGAUGUGACAAAACUAUAUUCAGUGUCCAAGACAUAUGAUAAAAAAGUCUCUAUAACAUGAUUCGUGAAGAGGAAGAGAUAGGCAAAGAUUAAAGGAUGAGCAGGCAGACUGAGGGAAGGAUAAAAACACUGGCAGUCGGGCUUCCCUGGUGGCGCAGUGGUUGAGAGUCCACCUGCCGAUGCAGGGGACACGGGUUCGUGCCCGGGUCCGGGAAGAUCCCACAUGCCGCAGAGCG